AUGCUUGUCACGCUCUAUCUCCUGAAGGGCAUCGCCGCCCUCAGGAGCAUCCUGAUCCUCACUGCCGGCGCCUCGGCUUCGUGGUACUCGCAGUACAUCAACAGCCCGACAAUUGGGCGCGGCCCGUUGAUCAUGGUAGUCUCCUGCAUCCUGUCAGCUACUCUUAUCCCUCUUCCGCCGGACGAGCCAAUACUGCCGGAGUUCAUUCAACUUUCUCUCUGGGGGAUUCAUGUGGAGGAUGCGGUGUUGCCGCUGCGUUCAAGGGAGUCGGAGAUGAGCCUGUCGGCCGCGAUGAGCCCCUCUGAGUCCGACGCCCUUCCUACCGCGAUCGACGGUUCUGCAGUUCCCAACACCAGCAGUGUGCCCAUGUCUGCGGCUCCAGCGGUCGACGUACCCGAGCUUAACUGGGUGAUCCCCGAGGUGCCUACCAUCCGAGGGUUCAAAGCCAAGGCAACGCAGCCUGACUCCGUCACCUACUUUGGCGACUUAUACACUACUCGAUUCGAAGUUUAUGAACACAGCCUCAUCUGGAACAACGCACUCCGUUCCGCGGCAUCUGAAGGCGAUGUCGUACCGCCGUUGUGGCGUUAUAGAUUUCCCCUCAUAUCGUUCCGGAAGCUCUGCUUGAGCAAAGGAGAGUACCCGUAUGCCGGGCAUUUCCACUUCUGCCUCAUCUGGGCCAUGCGGGCCUCAACGUUGGUCGUCAUCCUCUGGGACACGCUCCUGACACUGUUUCCUGUGCCGCGGCACGUUCUGGCUGCCUGCCGGAGCUGCAGGAACGCCCUUCGCCGUAUGAUCAUUGCUCGCCGCCAACGCGAGUUUCGUCGGUUGCACAACAGGAGAUGA